AUGGCAAACGUAUCCAGUGACAGUUCGGUUUAUAGGAUGAUCCAGCAGAUUCAAGAUCGUCUCACACGACUUGAGGAGGUGAGCGAACCCGUGGAAUCUGCUAGGGAGCUAAACAAACAAAGUGAGGGGAAGAGAACCAUGCCUAAAAAUCUAAAGAGGCCUCACCAUGAACCCCUCGAUGAUGGCCGAUUCAAGGAUCCAUAUGACCGAGAAUAUCGUCGACCAACUCGUGAUGAGAGGGCUGAUCCAAAGUUCAAACCUUUCGUGUUUACUGGAAAGAAAGAUCCCGAGGUCUAUCUUGAGUGGGAGCGCCAAAUGGAUGCCAAUUUCGAAUGUUAUUCCUUGACGAACAGAAGGAAGAUUCACUAUGCGGCUGCCCAUCUUGCCGAAGAUGCCAUCACAUGGUGGGAACGAGAAGAAAACAAUCGACGUCGUGCACAUUAUGAUCCGGUUUCCACUUGGAAGGAAAUGAAGACCCUCAUGCGGAAAAGGGGGACAAGACGGUUGAUAGAUACUAUGGAGAAUUUGAGCAACUCCUCGCUUACUUGCAAAUCGACGAUGAUGAAGAAGAACUCAUGA